AUGGCUUCCGCCGUCAUCACCGCCGUCGCCGCCCCCGCGUGCGCGCGCGCUCGUGCGCACACGGCGUACCGGCGAGCGAUGCCCCGCGCGCGCCCGUCGCCCACCGCGCUGGUCAAUCGCGAGCGCCGUGGCGUCGUCUCCGGCGUCGCGCGCGACGUCGCGCGACGCGCCGAGGACGAGUCGUCCAUCGGAGGAUCCACCGCUGGGUUCGAUGGGUUCUCCACCGCGACGAACGCCGCGGACGGGGGGCUGAUCGAUGACAUGGUGGUGGAGAUCAAGGAUUGGCUCAAACUGCUCUACGUCAAGCGGGAGAUGUCGUUCAACGAAGUGAAGUUGACGAUUGGAAUCGAGGACCCGCGAUUGGCGGAACAGAGAGAGCGGUACGGAAUUGAGGACGAGAGCGGGGUGAGCGCGGAGGAGAAGAUGGAGACGCUGGAUAUGAUUGAACGCGGGGAGCGGCCGACGGACGCGCGCGCGGUGGCGACGGUUUUGGAAGAGUUUAGGAAUUGGCCGGGACUCGACGCGGAGAUUGAUACGACGCAAUACGACGAGGGGCCGUCGAGAUACGAGGAGAUUUCUAUGCGAGCGGCGGGGAUCAAGACGGCGAAUCCUAGGCGCGUGCGCGCGAAGGAAGAGCCGGCGGAGGAGCAGAAGGAGGGAACGAUAUUCGGAUUCCUGCCCCUGUACCUGGUGAGCGCCGUACCCAUCUUCAUCACUAUCGCCGCCGUCAGUAUCAUGUUCUUCAAUUCGUUGCAAUAG